CUGAUCAUGGCAUCCUCCCUCAAGGCAUUGCUUGUUGAUGAUAUGUCAGUUGAACGCAUGGUUGUCUCCUCCAUGCUGCGCAAGUUCCACUGCGAGAUCACCCUGGCGAAGAAUGGGAAAGAAGCUGUUGAUAUGUUUCUUGAGGGCAACGAGUUUGAUAUUGUUGUGUGUGAUAAGGACAUGCCCAUAAUGACCGGUCCCGAGGCCAUUGUGAAGAUCCGUGCUAUGGGAGCCACUGAUGUGAAGAUCGUCGGGGUGUCCGCUGAUGAUAACGCCAUGGAGGCGUUCAUGGGCGCCGGUGCUGAUGACUUUGUGCCCAAACCAGUGAGGCCUGAGAUUCUGCAGCCUAUGGUUCAGGAGGUCAUCAACAAGAAGAAGAAUUAACGAUGGUCUACGGCAAUCUUGCUUGCUUGAUCCAGCCAUCAAGAAAAUGCUAAAUGUUCUGCUAGCUCAUGUCCGCACUAUAUUAUAAUUGUGGUAUUAUCUUUAGUUUCGAGGUCAUGUUAAAGGUCGGACGCCAUUAGCAAGAAGAACAACAGAGUCUGCCAACAAUUAUAUGCAUGGGAUUGAUGUAAUCUGUAGCACUUCCUGUUAAUUUAUGCUUCAUGGCGAGGGACACGUGCCUGUAUGUGUUCCUUUCCAGAGGAAAAUUA